CCAAGCCUCGCCCGAGACUGGCGUAUGCUUCUGGCGGGCGCACCCCCCAAAGGAGUCGCCGCCGCAGGAGCCGCAGCGCCGCGGCCGCCCCCCGCUUCCCUCCUGUGCUCCCACUUCUUCCCCAUCAUUUCAGGCUGUUUAUCCUGGCUGCCUGGACUCGGCUCCCGGAUCCUUCAUGAGUGGCGGACGGCAUGCCCGUUUUUUAGCCGGGGAGCCUUCUUCGCGUCCCGCAUGUUCAGGACCAAACGGUCGGGGCUCGUCCGGAGACUCUGGCGGAGCCGUGCGCCCGGCGGGGAAGAAGGUGGCGGCGGCGGCUGUGGAGGAGGAGGCGGCGGUGGUGUUGGCGAGGUGGCCGAGGGCGCAGCGGACGCCAGGGCGCAUGGGGCCGGCGGCGGAGGAGGCGGCGGCGGCAAUCGGGGCUGUUGCAUGGGCAAGUCGGGCAAGCUGGCCAAGGCGCACUUCGGCUCGGAGGCGGAAUUGAAGGCGCUGACCCACUCGGUGCUCAAGCGGCUGAAGGAGAAGCACCUGGAGGGCCUCUUGCAGGCCGUGGAGACGAAAGGCGCCGCCCGCACCGCCUGCCUCCUGGUGCCGGGCAAAGUGGACUCCAAGCUGGGCCCCCACUGGUACUCGCUCCCGCUGCUCCUCUGCAAGGUCUUUCGCUGGCCCGACCUCAGGCACUGCUCGGAAGUCAAGCGCCUCUGUUGCUGUGAAUCCUACGGGAAGACCCAGCCGGACUUGGUCUGCUGCAACCCCUAUCACCUCAGCCGGCUCUGCGAACUAGAGUCUCCCCCUCCUCCUUACACCAGAUACCCGAUGGAUUUUCUCAAACCAACUGCAAGUUGUCCAGACUCUGUGCCUUCCUCCACUGAGACAGGGGGAACAAAUUAUCUGGCCCCUGCGGGGCUCUCAGGUAAGGAACAGGGUUUUGUUUGUACCUGUAUCAUUGUACAUUUUAAAGACAGCUUUGAAAGAGGGAUCUUGUAG